UUGAGGAAACAAGAGCAUUUUGUUAUGGCCAAGCAUGUUUUUUAGUUUACUUUCAUUUUGGAUCGUAGUAUUUGACUGAGUUGGUUUGUUUUUGUCUUUUAGGUUAGCUUGACAUUUUGGUUUUAUUUCACAAUGACCUCCCAGGCGACCUGGGUCGUGGUCCUGCUGUCUGGCAUUCUGAACGUGACCUCCUAUGAGAUGUUCAGGUGUCCGGAAAUCUGCAGCUGCACUGCUUCCAGUUUCCAAUGCAGCAACUUGACUCAACGGACCAAUAAGAACGGGACAUCAGCCGUGUCUCUGCUAAUGCUCACAAACCUGAAUUUGACAGCGGUUCCGACCCGCGCCUUCACAGGGCUGGUCAGCAUAAGAAAAAUUUUGGUCUCCUACAGCAAGUGCAUCACAUCGAUACGAACACGUGCCUUCUUCUUCAUCGACGACCUGAAGGAAAUCAUCAUGGAAGGUCUGAUAAACCUCAGGACAAUUGAAAAGGGUGCAUUCACUGACCUGCCUCACUUGAAAUAUCUGCGCAUCUACAACACCGGCCUGCGACACUUGCCAGACUUAUCCACCGUGUCCUUUGCAAGAACUGAAUUCAUCUUAUCCAUGGAAGACAACGUGGACGUCACCAGCAUCCCCGCCAAUGCUUUUAAUGGUAUGGCCAAGAUCAAAGUUGACAUAGCCCUGGUGAGUUGCGGUAUCAAGGAAGUUGAUCGUUUUGCAUUCAACGGCACCAACAUCAGGAAACUAGAUUUAAGUAACAACAGAUUUCUUCGAACGCUUCCAGAGGAUGCAUUUGAGGGAACCACCGGUCCGCUUUCUCUGGACGUGUCCUCCACAGCGUUGAGCUUCCUCCCCAAGACAGGGUUGCAGCAUCUAAAACAGCUGAAAGCUACGUCUGCUUUUGCUCUCAAGCGCCUUCCUCCACUGGACAGCCUGGCCGAGCUGGAGCAAGUGAACAUCACGUACCCCAGCCAAUGCUGUGCCUUCUACUCCUGGCAUAACAAACACAAGCAGGAGACCAUGAAUAAUUCAUCACCUUUUUGCAAAACAAUCCAACGGUUGUUAAAAGACGGUUCAGGAUACAACCUCUACAAUGACCACCCGGAACUGGAACACAUUUGUCCCACAUACGCGGACGUCCUGUGCACACCAAAGCCAGACGCCCUUAACCCUUGCGAGGACCUCCUGGGCCCCAUCCUGGGCCACUUCACAUGGAUGAUCGCCGUUUUUACCGUCUUUGGUAACAUCGCCGUGCUGAUGCACCUCCUCCUGACUCGCCACAAGCUGACCAUCUCCAAGUUCCUCAUCUGCAACCUAGCCUUGGCCGACAUGUGCAUGGGCAUCUACCUGAUGCUCAUCGCCUUCAAGGACUGCGACUCUCGCCGCGAGUACUUCAACUACGCCGCCGCCUGGCAGACAGGCCCGGGAUGCGGCAUCGCCGGCUUCCUGACGAUGUUCUCGUGCGAGCUGUCCGUGUACACCCUGACUGUGAUCAGCCUGGAACGCUGGUACACCAUCGUCAACGCCUUGGAUUUCAACAAGCGGCUGUGCAUGCACCGUGUGGCAAACAUCAUGUUGGCAGGGUGGAUCUUCUCCCUGCUGGUGGCCGCUCUCCCCCUGGUGGGGGUCAACAGCUACAGCAGGGUGAGCAUCUGCCUCCCCAUGGACAUCGACACCUGGGACGCUCAGCUGUACGUCCUGAUGGUCCUGUCUCUCAACGUGCUGGCCUUUGUGGUGGUGUGCUGCUGCUACGGGUGCAUCUACCUGAACGUCUGCAAGCCGCUGCCUGUCAGUCGCAGCAGCGACACCAAGCUCGCCAAGCGCAUGGCCGUGCUCAUUUUCACCGACUUCCUUUGCAAAGCGCCCAUCUCCUUCUUCGCCAUUUCGGCCAGCUUGCACAUGCCCCUCAUCAGCGUGUCCCAAUCCAAGAUAGUCCUGGUCAUUUUUCAUCCCAUCAACUCCCUCUGCAACCCUUUCCUGUACACCAUCUUGACCCGGCGCUUCAGGAAGGAAAUGGGCCGGCUGCUCCAUCGUUGCGGCGCCGCACUCGAGGCGUUUAAAGACCACAGGCCACGGCUUCAAAGGAACACGCGUACAAAUAACGCCAAGCACGAAAGCUCAUUUUAGGCUGUGCAAACACGAAAUGGUGCCCACCUUGGGUGGGUGGUCUCGGUCCACUUGCACACCCAUCCUCAAAAAACGUUUUACACUAAAAGGUCAGCUUUGUAGAUAUCUGCAAUCAAGGUCAAAUACUUCGUGUAUUGUUGACUAAUAAGAUGUGUAUGUUUUCCUACUAGGUUAGAGCAGACUACAUCAAAUGGUGUAAAAUCAUAUCAGAUUUUCCUGUUCACAUCAUGUUGCUUAUUUCAAGAAGUAUAGCAUGAUACCCCAUGUAGCAUAGCAUUAGUUAACAUAACAUUAGUGUGUUUUUUGGUACUACUUUUCUCAGUCAGGCAUCAAUAUUUUAUCAUCUUUCUCUAUUGUUUACACUCGAAGUUCAAAUUUGGUUUGAAUUUGAAUGACCAACUUAAGAGACGGGACACAAAAUGAACUCACGCAUUCAUUCCUCUGAUCAUGGUUUGUCCUGGCACCAUCAGGCUGUAGCAUUUUUAUAUCCUGGUUAGAACAUAUUCUUCCUCGUCAUCCAUAAGCCGAAUAUUCAUUUACUUCUGCCUUCCUUUAGCAUAUCCGAUCGCUAGCAGCUACCGAUCAUACAAGAAACAGACAGUCCUGCAUGAAGGAGCUUGAGUGACAAUGGCCUACAACCAAUCAGAAAGCAGAACAUAAUAGGAGGGUUUUCCCUUAGCCAAUCAGGACUGUUGUGGCUCUAUAUUUAGCCGGCGACAGCCAAACAGAAGGCUGAGAUCAAGUGGACACGUCUUCAACUAUUACGAGUAUACACAUAUACACAUAUACACGUAUACACAAAUACACAAACACCCUCUACUGGUAGCAGUAGGAAAUACAACAACAGACAUCCAAAAGAACACAGAUAGAUCGGUCUAAUACACUGCAAGGAUGCAGAACACAUGUGAUUGCCUGCAGUAGAUUAGAAGUUUUUUCAUUCAUUGGGUAUUUGUGUACACGUCCUACAGUUUUACGUUUUACCACAAGGAUCUAGUUGGUGUUUUCUUAUUCAGUGAGGUUCUGGACUGGAGGUCCAAAUCCCACUGGGAGCCUAUGUCUUGAGGCACUACUGAGGUGCCCUUGAGCAGACAACCCCUGGAUUCAGUUCAUCACUCUGCAUCAAGUGUACUGUUGACAGUUUCGUAGUAAUGAAUUACAUCACGUCUUUUGGUAGAAUUGUCUUAUUGAGUAUAUAGUACUAAAUAGUACUUUAACACAAUGGAAUGUAUUUCAUUUGCA